CUCGGCUUUAUUUCAAUGUUAUGUAAUUGGUUGAGCGGCAUGUGUGUCUGCUGGGAGGAAAUUAAACGCAACGAUCUCUGACUCAACUCUCUUUCCAGGCAAGCAGAGGAGCAGAGGGUCUGCAGGCGGGGAACACAUUGAGGCGUGAGGAUGAAGAUUGCAGUGAUUGGUCAGAGUCUGUUCGGCCAGGAGGUUUACAAGGAGCUGAGGAAGGACGGCCACACCAUCGUAGGAGUCUUCACCAUCCCCGACAAGGAUGGCAAGGCCGACCCGCUGGCCACUCAGGCAGAGAAGGAUGGUGUCCCAGUCUUCAAGUUCCCCCGCUGGCGUGUGAAGGGCCAGGCCAUCCCAGAGGUGGUGGCUAAGUACAAAGCCACCGGUGCUGAGCUCAACGUCCUGCCCUUCUGCUCCCAGUUUAUCCCCAUGGAGGUCAUCGACCACCCCAAACAUGGCUCCAUCAUCUACCACCCCUCCCUGCUGCCGCGCCACAGGGGAGCCUCUGCCAUCAACUGGACACUGAUCCACGGGGACAAGAAAGGCGGGUUCACAGUGUUCUGGGCUGAUGACGGACUGGACACUGGACCCAUCCUCCUGCAGAGAGAGUGUGAUGUUGAGCCCAACGACACCGUCAACACCAUCUACAAGAGGUUUCUCUUCCCAGAGGGAGUCAAAGGCACAGUGGACGCAGUGAGGCUGAUCGCUGAAGGGAAGGCACCAAAGAUCACACAGCCACAGGAGGGAGCCACAUACGAGUGCAUCCAGAAGAAAGACAACUCUAAGAUUGACUGGAACCAGUCUGCUGAGGCCAUCCACAACUGGAUCAGAGGGAACGACAAGGUCCCCGGUGCCUGGGCAGAAGUUGAUGGACAGAAAGUGACUUUCUAUGGCUCCAGUCUGGUGGAUAAUGGCACAGCAGCUAACGGUCAGCCGCUGGAAAUCCCUGGAGCCAGCAAGCCGGGCAUUGUCACCAAGACAGGCCUGGUGCUGUUUGGCAACGACGGCAAGUCGCUGUUGGUGAAGAACCUUCAGUUUGAGGACGGGAAGAUGAUUGCUGCAGCUCAGUACUUCAGUGCAGGGAGCAGUGCCGCCGUGGAGCUCACACAGGAGGAGAAAACAUUUGCUGAACAGAUGAGGGCAGUCUGGCAGAGUAUUCUGACCAACGUCAGUCAUAUUGAAGACUCCACUGACUUCUUCAAGUCUGGUGCUGCUUCUAUGGAUGUAGUCAGGCUUGUGGAGGAGGUGAAGCUGCGGGCAAGUACCUGCCAGCUGCAGAACGAGGACGUCUACAUGAACACAACUUUCCAGGAGUUCAUCCAGAUGUGUGUCCGGAAGCUGAGAGGAGAGGACGAUGAAGAGGAGUUAGUCGUUGACUAUGUGGAGAAAAGCAUCAACAACAUGACCAUAAAGAUGCCUCAUCAGCUGUUCGUCAAUGGAGAGUUCAUUGAUGCAGAAGGAGGAAAGACAUACAAGACCAUCAACCCCAACGAUGGCAUGGCCAUCUGUGACGUGUCUCUGGCUCAGAUAAGUGACGUGGAUAAGGCUGUGUCUGCUGCUAAGGAGGCUUUUGAAGAGGGGGAGUGGGGCAAGAUGAACCCCAGAGACAGAGGCAGACUUAUCUACAAGCUGGCUGACCUGAUGGAGGAGCACCAGGAGGAGCUGGCCACCAUUGAAUCCAUAGACUCUGGAGCUGUUUACACCCUGGCCCUUAAGACUCAUGUGGGCAUGUCCAUCCAGACCUUCCGCUACUUCGCUGGCUGGUGUGACAAGAUCCAAGGUAGCACCAUCCCCAUCAACCAGGCCAGGCCCAAUCGUAACCUCACCUUCACCAAGAAAGAGCCAAUAGGAGUGUGUGCCAUCGUGAUUCCCUGGAAUUACCCUCUGAUGAUGUUGGCCUGGAAGACAGCCGCCUGCCUGGCAGCUGGAAACACAGUCGUGCUCAAACCUGCUCAGGUAACUCCUCUGACAGCGCUGAAGUUUGCUGAGUUGGCAGCAAGAGCAGGACUGCCCAAAGGAGUGGUUAAUAUUCUGCCAGGAUCAGGUGCUCUGGUGGGUCAGCGUCUCUCUGACCAUCCUGAUGUCAGAAAGCUGGGCUUCACUGGUUCCACUGAGAUCGGUAAACACAUCAUGAAGAGCUGUGCAGUCAGUAACGUGAAGAAAGUUUCUCUGGAGCUGGGAGGGAAAUCUCCUCUCAUCAUUUUCGGUGACUGUGACAUGGACAAAGCUGUGCGGAUGGGCAUGAGUUCAGUGUUCUUCAACAAGGGUGAGAACUGCAUCGCAGCCGGUCGCCUGUUUGUGGAAGAAACCAUACAUGAUCAGUAUGUGAAAAGAGUGAUGGAGGAGGUGAAGAAGAUGAAGAUCGGUGAUCCACUGGACCGCUCCACAGACCACGGCCCUCAGAACCACAAGGCUCAUCUGGAUAAGCUGGUGGAGUAUUGUGAAACCGGCGUCAAAGAGGGGGCCACUCUGGUCUGUGGUGGCAAGCAGAUGCAGCGAGCAGGUUUCUUCUUUGAGCCCACUAUUUUCACUGACGUUGAAGACCACAUGUUCAUCGCUAUAGAGGAGUCCUUCGGGCCUAUCAUGAUCCUGUCCAAGUUUAAGAGCGGUGACGUGGACGAUGUGCUGAGGAGAGCCAACGCCACAGAGUAUGGCCUGGCGUCAGGUGUUUUCACAAAGGACAUCAGUAAAGCUCUGUACGUCAGUGAAAAGCUAAAUGCCGGCACAGUUUUUGUCAACACCUACAACAAGACUGAUGUGGCCUCGCCUUUUGGAGGCUUCAAACAGUCCGGCUUUGGGAAAGACCUGGGACAAGAAGCUCUCAAUGAAUACAUGAAGACGAAGGCAGUGACCAUCGAGUACUGAGUCGAACACCGGAGAGAGAAGCAGGAUGACGUUAGCUCCCAGCAAUGGAUGUGAAACAAGAGAGAGAAGAAAAGAGGGAUGCACAUGGUCAUGUGGAUGGAGUGAUGUUGUUUCAUCUCUGUUCUCUCAUUAGUGACUACUGACCGUAACACUGUAUCUUAACAUGAUGAGUGAUCACAUUAGCCUGUGAAAUUGUCCUAAAAUCUUAAUUUUUCAAUAACAUACUUCUAACCUAUUUUGUAACAAGUUUUAUUCUAACUAUGCAACAGAGGUAUGUUUAAAGGUAGCCCAAGUGAUAUCUGACACCGUUUUGUAAUCUCUGUCACAGAAUAUUUUUAACAGAUUGCAUCAUUUUCUAAUAUGGCUUACAUUAGGUCAGAAAAUCCCACUGAUAUGUAACAUUUCUCGUUACAGUUUUUGGUUAACAAUGAAAACAAGUUGAACACCCCUA